CUCCUCCUCCUCCUCCUCCUCCUUUUCUCGCCCUCUGCCACCACCGCCGACGACAACAACCGCCGACGCCGGCUCGAAAAGUCCGCGGGGCCGCGCUGGCCGCGGCAGCCCCCGCCCCCGGUGCCCGGAAAUGGGGCUCGAUGGCGCGGGUGGCAAGGCGUCCGUGCGGGGCGCGAGCCGCAAGGCGUCGGUCGACGCCAGCGACGUGGAGGGGCUGCUGUCGGACGCCGUGCCGGAGCCGCUCGACGAGGGCCGGUGGCCAGGGCUGCGCGACCAGGCCUGCCUCCGCCACCUCGCGGGCGCGCUGCCGGACCAGGCCGUGGUGGGCCUCAUCCUGCUGACGUCGGCCUGGUGCUGGUACAAGGGCUCCCUGAUCGAAGGC